AUGGCCGCUGGGGAAAUUUCGGAGCGGGCAGUUUCACAGUGUUUGGAAGGUUUCGAUUCGGGGAAUUUCUUCUCCCCUGUACCGGAGUACACCUGCUCGCUCAUACCUCCUCCUGGGGCAUCGCAAGGCGGCGACUCCAGCAGCUGCGACGCUGAAGGCACCACAGACGUCGAGGAGGGAGGUUUAGGGGUCGGCAAGGAUCUGAUGUUCGAGUUGGGCCACCUAGAGAUGUUGGAGCAGUGGAAAGCGUAUGAGUUCUACAAUCUGUAUUCAUGGGAGGUUGGUUUUGGCAUUAGAUAUGGCCAUAGCUACACGAACGAUGAACAUUAUAAGUCAUCGCAGGACCUGAUAUGCCAGUUAGAGGGGAUUGACAAGAGAGACAGGAAUGAUUCAGCACGCUGUGGAUGCAAGGCGAUGAUCCGCCUUCAUAGGACAGAUGACCAUGGUUGGUUUGUGGAGACAAAUCGGCCGGAUCACAACCAUCCGCUGUCUGACAACUGCGGUGAGAAAAUGCAAUGGAACUCACACAAGAGGAUUGACCAAGCAACGAAAGACACCGUCCGCUACCUGAGAGAGAACAAUGUCAGCCUCAGCAAAGUGCAUUGUAUUCUUGGCAGCAUGCACCGUUCUGGUGAUAAGCUCCCGUUCCUGAAAAAGUCGCUCCGCACCGUCUGUCAGCAGAUAGCAUUUUCUCAGAAAGAUGAUGACAUCAAGAAAACAAUAGAUCUCUUCCGGGAUAUGAGGUCUGCGGAUCCAGAUUUUGCUUUCAGGUUUGAUCUUGACCCUGAAGGUAGAAUAAAGAAUCUCAUAUGGACAUCUGGUCGAAGCAGGCGGCAGUACUCAUGUUUUGGCGAUGUAGUUGUGUUCGACACAACUUACACCACAAAUCUGUACAAGAUGCCAUUCGGGUUGUUUGUUGGCGUCAAUAACCACUUCCAGACUGUGAUAUAUGCUGGUAUCCUCAUGUCAGAGGAGACAAUAGAAGGAUUCAAUUGGGCAUAUACAGAAUUUGUAUCUCUUAUGGGAGGCAAGGCUCCGUUGACAAUGUUGACUGAUCAGUGUCGGGCCAUGGAGGUGGCUAUUGGCAUGACUCUUCCCAACACUGUGCAUCGUUGGUGUAAGUGGCAUGUUUUCCGGAAGGCGAAGGAAGAGCUUGGGGGAAUAUAUAGUAAGAAAACCGGUUUCAAGGAUGCCUUCAACAAUGUGGUAAACGAGAUGCUAACUGUGGACGAGUUUGAGAAGGGAUGGGGGCGGCUAAUUGAAGAUUUCGGGCUAGCUGAAAACAGUUUCAUGAUCCGGGCGUUUGAGGCUCGCCACAAGUGGGCGAAACCUUUCUUCAAGGACAAAUAUUGCGCAAGGAUGACUUCAACGCAGAGAGUUGAAAGUGCAAACCACAUGUUGAAGACAUAUGUUCCUCGGAAUUCCUCGAUGAACAAGUUUGUGUCCCAGUACAACAAACUUCUUAAAGAUAGGAAUGAGGCCGAAGAUUCAGAAGAACACAAAAACAAGCAGUGCAAUCGGAAAGAGAGAGGUGGCUGGCCGAUAGAGAAACAUGCCCGUCGUAUCUACACACGGGCAGUGAUGAAGCUUUUCAAAGCUGAGUUGGAGAGGGGACAGAAUUUCAACCCACCUAAAGAAAUAGAUGGCCAGGGUUUAUACGAGUUGGAGCAUUCGUAUGCUCAUCUCCGUCCAAGUUGGGCUCGGACUAAAUUCACGGUUCGUGUUGAGGAAGGCCAGCGUUUUAUAUGUGAAUGUGGUUUGUUUGGGCAUUUUGGUAUUGUGUGCGCGCAUGUCAUUAGGCUAAUGAUACACCUUGGGUUGAAUGAGAUCCCUGACUUUCACAUAAUGAAGCGGUGGACAAAAGCUGCUAGGGACAUUUUGGGUCCAGGUGUUGAGGGCCCUGUAGAUACGGAGCUGUCAUUGCCCAAGUCUUUCCGUCACAACAUAAUUUACAGUUUGAAAAACUUUGUAAUUCUCAUCUGCUUCGUUAUGGCGGUUGACAUAUGA